UAAUGUAUAUAGUAUAUUUCUAUAUAUAGUUAUGGCUCCAACGCCACUUGUAUCGUGUGAACAUCUUGUCACAUUUCUGAAUUCUUUUGGACACAAACCAUUUCAGAUAACUCAAAAAUGGUUGGUGAAUUGCAGCACUCAUGAAGCAAGACAGGUUCGUGCAAAGUCUUGUGUAUGCCAAGUAUGCAAGACAUAUAAAGGUCGACUACAUGCCUGCCUUCAUUGCAUAUAUUUUGGAUGUUAUGAAAAACAACAUAUGCAUGCUCAUGCAAAGAAAAACGAUCACUUUCUUGCUAUGGAUUUAACAUUUGGUCAGACAUAUUGUUUCCGUUGUGCUGAUUACGUUUAUGACAAAGAGUUGGACAAAAUUGCGAAGGUUGGUCAAUAUUCAUUUGAAUAUAAUAUGUCUAAGAUUAAGCAAAGCAAAAUGUCAUUUUCUUUUAUCAAACAGGCAGAGUGGAAGAAUAUGUGCAAAUCUAUGGGUUGGAGUGAGAGUCAUGUGAGCAUGUGGCCAUUCUGGGAACCCUCGGAUGUGGAUUUGGAAUAUCUUCGUCUAAAUCCAAAGCGACGAAAAAUUUCACCAGAGAGCUAUAUUGGAUUGCGUGGUCUUGUUAACCUUGGAAAUACUUGUUUCAUGAACUGCAUAUUACAGGCAUUUGUCCACACACCGAUGUUGAGAGAUUACUUUUUAGCUGAAAAACAUAUAUGUGAUAAAGAUCGUUGUUUGGUUUGUGAAAUGAUGAGACUUUUCCAGGAAUUUUAUGCUGCUAAGCAAACUGCUUAUAUACCGUAUCGUUUACUUCAUCUUGUGUGGACAAAUGCUCGACAUUUGGCAGGGUAUGAACAACAAGAUGCUCAUGAGUUCCUUAUUGCUGCACUGGAUCUUCUUCAUCAACAUUUGAGUGCAAGCAAUGAAUCAAAGAACAGCAACAGCCCAAUGACCGGGAAAAAGUCCGGAUCUCGAAAUCAACCAUGUCGUUGUAUAAUUGAUCAAAUAUUUACUGGUGGUUGGCAAUCUGAUGUUGAAUGUCAAGUAUGUCAGGGCGUUUCUACGACUAUUGACCCAUUCUGGGACAUCUCGCUUGACUUACCAGGUUCUACCUCAAGCCCAUGGCAUUGUACUUCUCCUCUACAUCAGCCACUUACCACUACAGAAAACACAAAUAAUAGUUCAGUAAUUCCUCAUGUGUCAUCAGAUAACAGACCGAUGUCACUGAAGGAUUGCCUGAAUAGAUUUACAAGACCAGAACACCUUGGAAGUAGUGCAAAAAUAAAGUGCAAUCGCUGUCAUAGCUAUCAAGAAUCGACUAAACAAUUAACUUUGAAUAAACUACCUGUUGUUUGCUGUUUUCAUCUGAAGCGUUUUGAACAUUCUAACAUGACCAGACGAAAAAUUCCGACCUACAUUUCUUUCCCUAUGGAUCUUGAUUUAAGUCCUUUCAUGGCAUCAAGAAGAAGUGCAAAUGGAAAAGACCAAAAUGUUGUGAAGGACGAUCUUCAUAUUUCAGAGAAUAAUAAGUAUUCUCUAUUCGCAGUAAUCAAUCAUCUUGGGUCAUUGCAAGGGGGACAUUACUCAGUCUUUGUCAGGCAACAUGAAGAUCAAUGGUUUCGUUGUAAUGAUUCUGUGAUUAUGAAAGCUAGUGUUCAAGAUGUUUUACAGUCCGAAGCAUAUUUACUUUUUUAUCACAAACAGUAUUUAGAAUAUGAGUAGGAAAUUGGUAUACGCGACUUGUUCUGCCCAUGGGGAUAUUUUUUUUGCAAUGCUAACUCCGUUGGAUCUAAUAUUAUCUGUUUGUACAUUUAUUAACGAUGCAUUCAUGGCUGAAGUUUUAAUGUGUCUUGAAAGGUCACGGGGAAGUAAUGUAAAUAUUACAAUCAGGUCCCAUCGCCUGUGCAAUUCGAAAGCAAUUAUUUGACAACAGUUUUCAUCAAUUAGGAGCAUAGCAAUUUGCAUAGGUUGAGUUUUCUCAUACCACCUAAAAAGUAUUCUCAUGACUUUGAAAUGAUAAAUCCUGUUUGAUAAAAGUAA